GUGGCAAACGUCAGACGAUGUCGAUGUCGGAGUUUGUGUAACAAAAAUAAUUAAUAUCUCGGAGUUUUGUGAUAAUAUUAUGUGAAUAAUGAGAUGAAAGUGUGAAUAAAUGUUAGAAUAGUGUCUGGUAGUGAUUAUGGCGCAUAGUGGUGGUGUGUUGAGCUCGGAUAUAUCGCGACGGAAUCCGCAGGAUGAAUACGAACUCAUUCAAAGGAUUGGUUCGGGCACCUAUGGGGACGUUUAUAAGGCGAAACGUCUCAACGGGAACGGGGAGCUUGCGGCCAUCAAGGUGAUCAAGCUCGAGCCGGGCGAUGACUUCGCCAUCAUCCAGCAGGAGAUCCUGAUGAUGAAGGACUGCAGGCACCCCAACAUAGUCGCCUACUACGGCUCGUACCUCAGGAGGGACAAGCUGUGGAUCUCUAUGGAGUACUGUGGGGGAGGCAGUCUGCAGGAUAUCUACCACGUGACGGGCCCGCUGACCGAGCUGCAGAUAGCCUACAUGUGUCGAGAGACGUUAAUGGGGCUCUCCUAUCUGCAUAGCAUGGGCAAGAUGCAUCGGGAUAUAAAAGGGGCAAACAUCUUGCUAACGGAGUGCGGGGAUGUCAAGCUGGCGGAUUUCGGGGUCUCAGCUCAGAUCACGGCCACCAUCAACAAGCGCAAGUCCUUCAUCGGGACGCCAUAUUGGAUGGCGCCGGAGGUGGCAGCAGUAGAAAGGAAGGGCGGCUACAACCAGCUCUGUGACAUCUGGGCGUGCGGCAUCACCGCCAUAGAGCUGGCAGAACUCCAGCCCCCGAUGUUCGAGCUGCACCCCAUGAGGGUGCUCUUCCUGAUGUCCAAGUCUGGCUUCAAGCCGCCGCAGCUGAAGGAACGGGAGCGCUGGUCGCAACUCUUCCACGCUUUCCUCAAGUUGGCGCUUACUAAAAACCCGAAGAAGAGGCCGACAGCUGACAAGUUGCUUCAGCACGCGUUCUUCCAGCAAGACAUGAACAAGCGACUGGCCAUAGACUUGUUACAGAAGUACUCGAACCCGCCCAGCGUGUGUAACAACUCGGAAAUGGACGAUGAUGGGGCCGUGUCCAACGUGCCGCAGCGCAUCGCCUCGAAGCACACGGGGCGCGGGGCGGGGCGGCGCGUGCUCGAGCAGUCGCCCGGCGCGGCGCGCGCGAGACCCAGGUCUCUACUCACGGACCACGUGACCACCAGGGACCACUCCAGUGGACGGGUGACUUUCACCGACGAGCCGGAACGAGCUGACACCGUCAAACGAGUUGCAGUGCACCACAGACAAACGAGCGAAGAUUGGAGCGUGAAAUCCCUCAUGACCUGCCCGAAACACAACCCCCUAACUCCAGAAAUGGCCAACGACACCAUGCCUAACAGCGAAAAGAGCCUCUUGCAAUAUAUAGACGAAGAAUUAAUGCUCAGGGCAACACUACCGAUGACAGCGGACACGGCAGCCAUGUCGCAAGCGGCCGGCCUGUCCGUACACGACCAACACCUCUCUCAAUGUAUCCAGCUAAAACAAAACUUCCUAAACAAUUCUACCACAAACAUAUACCAGAAUCUAGCUUCCAACUAUCAAACUCCGAUAAACGCUUCCAGGGUAUCCAUAGACGAUCCAUUAUGCAGACGAAUGGGCGAAACUGAUAUAAUGUUCGCGGACCAACCGGGCAGCGAAUCCAUAGUUGAAUCACCACAGAUAAGAAAUAGCAACUGCGAAUGUGGUCUAUGCCCCAAACCGGAACCUAGAGACAAUAACACUUUAAGCGACUUACAGAGAUCUGUCGCAUCUAAAUGCUCAUGCGACGCUUGUAACUCAAACGCAGACAUAUUAAGCUAUUACAGAAACUGUUCCAAUCACAACUCCGACUCUGGUAUAGUUUACUGUGAUACUUGUAAGAAGCAAAAGAUAUCUAUAUCUAACUUUAAAGCGCUACAGAUAGCUAAUAGACUCCAAAUAGCGGAUAAAGUCGAAAAUGGGUCGACAUCAGACGAUGAUCUAUGUCGAAAGAUCGAUAUUAGUAUGACGAAUGAUACUCAAGAACACAGGAAGCGGCAUAAUAGGCAUAAUUCUGAAUCUACAGGUAUAGAUCUAAGUCAGUUCUGUCAGUGUGAGUUGGAGAGUAAAAGAAAGACGUCCUCUGUGGAUGAGAUAUUCAAGAUGGCGGAGGGGGAUGUGAAACAGGAAGUGUUGGAAGAGGACAAAUAUAGCCAGAGGCAGAGGAGUCUGUCAGACAGCCAGAGGGAUAAAGCCAAGGUGGAGACGAAAGGUCUGGACACGCCUCCGGUGCCGCCGCGGCGCGCCCGGGCGCGGCGCGCGCACACGCCGCCGCGCCCCGCGCCCAACGGCCUCCCGCCCACGCCCAAGGUCCACAUGGGCGCAUGCUUCUCCAAGGUGUUCAACGGUUGUCCGCUGAGGAUAAACUGCACUGCCUCAUGGAUCAACCCGGACACCAGAGACCAACACAUACUCAUUGGUGCGGAGGAGGGUAUAUACACACUCAACCUGAACGAACUGCACGAGACCGCGAUGGACCAGCUGUGCCCGCGGCGGACUAUAUGGCUACACGUCAUACAGGACGUUUUAAUGUCACUAUCAGGCAAAACGCCAUCUCUGUAUCGGCAUGAGUUGCUUGCACUCAUUGGUGCGCGGGGGAACAAAUCAUUGCGAGUCUUACCACCGCGUCUUCUGCCGCGACGAUUCUCGCUAACUACACGCGUGCCCGACACUAGAGGCUGUAUCCGCUGCGCUGUAGCUCGUAACCCAUACAACGGAUAUAAAUACUUGUGCGGAGCUACGCCUCACGGUCUUUUCUUGAUGCAGUGGUAUGAUCCACUGCACAAGUUCAUGCUGCUCAAGAAUAUAGACUGCGUGCUUCCGACCCCUCUUCUGGUGUUCGAACUGAUCAUUACCCCCGAGCUGGAGUACCCUCUAGUCUGCGUGGGCGCAACCCGCCGCCCGCUGCGAUUGUGCUUGCUGAACAUUAACUCAGGUGCGACCUGGUUCCACUCGGACGAGCUGAACAUAUGCGGCGGCAGCAACACGGUGGUGCCGCGCGGGGAACGCUUGCACACUCUGCGGGCCGUACACCAGCUAGACAAGGACACGGUGUUGGUGUGUCACGAAAACGUGGUGGACAUAAUUCCCGUGUUGCCGGCCGCGCUGGAUUCGCGACGCGAGGACGACAAACGGAAGAAUAAACUGUUGCCGAGGAUAGAGUUCGACUUCAACAUUGAUAGCAUAUUGUGCCUGGCGGACUCGGUGCUGGCGUUCCACCGGCACGGCGUGCAGGGCCGCUCGCUGCGCCACGCCGACGUCACGCAGGAGAUCACGGACGGGAGCCGCGCGUACCGGCUGCGGGGCAGCGACAAGGUGGUUGUACUGGAGUCCCACCUGCUGCAGAGCAACACUCUAUCCGGCGACGACGGAAACGAUCUCUACAUACUGGCGGGACACGAGGCCUCCUACUAA